AUGGCUCAUAUACAUACGCAAACAUUUUGUUCUGAAAAUACAAUGACCGGAGCAGUUUCUACAUUACAACUACUAAGAAGCUACAAAUUUCUUGCUCCAAAUUCAGAUCUAUAUAGAUACGAGCCGUAUCCUACUCAGCGUUGCAAAUUUAACGAAUCAAAUAUUUUAUCCAAUUCUACGCCUACAGAAUCGUCGUUAACACCAUCCUUAACAACAACUGCUUCUCUUUCCGGAACUUUGCCAAUUCCUAGCAGUUUUCUUGUACAAUCGCCUUUUUUUACAACUAUGACACCCUUGAUGCCAUCGUUAAAUAUACCUCGACGAUAUUCGGAUGUCAUAGAUACAGGUGAGAAUACGAUUAUGAAUCGACAGUUUAUCAACGAAAAUAAUACACAAAAUCUAAAUAGACGACCGCGAAGCGAGAAAAAACCAAUUCCGGAUGAUCAAAAAGAUGAAAAAUAUUACGAAAGGCGUAAGCGUAAUAAUCAGGCAGCAAAGAAAUCACGAGACGCUAGAAAAAUUCGCGAAGAUCAUAUCGCUUUAAAAGCAACAAUGUUAGAACACGAAAAUGCUAUUUUACGAGCGCAGGUUGUAACCCUUCGAGAGGAAGCUCAAUCGCUUCGACAUAUGUUGCUAAAGCAACAAACAACUAGGACACAGUCCAUCGAACGUUCAGUAUCUUCUUUAACGUCAGUAACUCGAUCGUCAAUGCGUUCUCUUUCUACAUUGGAUUGCGAAGUAUAA